CUCUUCCUUCCUCCUCCCCUCUAAGUCACCCAUCAUCCAGACUCUCUUCUCUCUUCCCACUAUGGUUGAGUGGCGAUCGAUACUCAUCCCCAGGAGAGAUGAUCUCCCACUACCCAUUGUUUUUGGACAUUGGUGACCCAUAUUUGGUUUUCAGAUUUGAGUUUUUUUAGCCCUCAGAUCCGAUUAGCCUUGGCGACGGAUCCAUGGGUUUUAUGCAACAGUGAUGGUGGCACCUAGCAGCUUUGACUGCAGUAGGACAAAGGGACGUUGAGCUUUAGCUGCCAGUGGGAAUCUUCCAUCUUCCUGCUGCCACAUCCACAUGUGGACCAGUGGUCUCCAUCAACGCGGUUGUCAAUUUUGACGGGAUCUUUAUUUUGUUGUUCUUCUUUGUUUUUUCUUAUUUUGUUCGGAUCUUUUGGGGUCCUUUGUUUAUUUUCUGUCGUUGUAGUUGUACUCUUUUUGUUUUAAUAUAAAUGGGACAAACUCAUGUUCGUAAAAAAAAAUAAAAAAUUACUAGAAGUCAUGAAAAUCAACUUACAUUUUCUUUCCCCAUCAGUUUUUCACAAUUUGAUGGAAUACCCAGAAUUUGAGAGAGAGGAACUUCGGAAAGGGAGGAAGAGAGACUUGGGGGUUGAAUAUGGAAGAAAAAUUAUUCUAUGCCUUUGCAAAGGUACUGUCCUGUGGUACUCCAAAUUCAUUUUUCACCACACGUCUUUUAGUGCAUAGAAUGAAACCAGUGCUAGCGUGCAUCAAACACAGUACCGAAAAAGUAUUAAACUAUCUUUUUUUAUUACUAGCGUUAAGCCCGUUCAAUACACGGAGCCAAAAAAAAAAAAAUCAAUGUGAUUUUUUAUCCCGUGCGUUAAAAGGGCACAAACGCUAGUACUCUAUAAGUACAAGAUCUCCACGCAUAGUUUGAGGAAGAGAUGAGAUGGGAACACGGUGGUCGCAAGAUGAAACUCCACAGGUUCGGGAAGAGGCUCCUCCACAAAUUACAGAACAAGGUAGCACGAGCAUACCAAUAAUUUCACACAGCACUGAAAAAGAUUCUUCCAGGGUUAGUGAUGCAACACCACCAGAAGUAAAGCUGCCCCACAACUACGAAGCCAUUGUCAAACAUGCAGACUCACCAUUUGACUCCUCCUCCACUGAAAAGCUGUAUAACCAGCUCCAGGCUGGAGUAUUCUUAAACCAAGAAAAGAAGAAGUAUUGGGUUGAUCGGAAGUCCAGCAGCAACAGCUUCAUGUUAUUUGCAAGGGAUCUCUCAAUCACUUGGGCUGAAGACAACCGCUAUUGGCACUGGUCCUAUCUCAAAGAAACAAGUGAUGUGUUUGUUGAUGUUGCUGAACUGCUAAAAGUUUGCUGGCUGGAAAUUCAAGGAAAAUUUGAGAUGGUAAACCUCUCACCAAGAACCGUUUAUGAGGUGGUGUUUUUGGUCAUGCUGAAAGAUCCCGCUUUUGGGUGGGAAGUUCCAGUGAAUGUUAUGCUCAUUCUCCCUGAUGGAACAACGCAACAACAUGAAGAAAAUUUGAUGGAAAAGCCAAGGGGACGAUGGAUAGAAAUUCCAGCAGGGGAGUUUAGGACAUCUUCUGAAAAAAUUGGAGACAUUCAAUUCUCCCUCUAUGAAUACAAAGCUGGGAUGUGGAAGAGAGGUCUGGUCAUCAAAGGUGUUGCCAUUCGGCCAAAAGCCUGAAGCUUUAGACCUACCAAGAAGUACAAUAUCCAUUCUUAUUCAGAUUUUUAUUUAGACGUUGUGACCUAGCAUGGUAGCAGGUGCAAUAUAAUGCUAGUUCUGUGGCCCGGGUUCGUAUUACAAGGAUCCGUCUCUCUGCAAAAGUGCGAGUAAUAAUGCCUAACUACUAUCGCUUCCAAACCCCACUGUAAAUGGAAGCCUAGCGAACUAGGCACAAGACAUGUAAUAAAUAUAAUCAUAACCUGAGGUUGGACAAUAAUAAAGCUCCAUUCUUGGACAAA